AUGGCGGCGCAAAUCUCGACCAUCGCCGAAUCCAAAGAGGUCCGCGGCCUCAACCUCAUCGCCGCCCACUCCCAUGUUCGCGGUCUAGGUGUCCAGCCAGACACUCUAGCUCCCAAGCCUGCCGCCGAGGGUCUGGUCGGCCAGCAGAAGGCUCGCAAGGCUGCUGCUGUUAUUCUGCAGAUGGCUCGCGAGGGCAAGAUUGCAGGCAGAGCUGUACUUAUCGCCGGUCCCCCUUCUACCGGAAAGACUGCUAUCGCCAUCGGUAUGAGCAAGGGCUUGGGCGAGGAUGUUCCAUUCACCAUGCUGGCUAGCAGUGAGAUCUUUUCGCUCGAGAUGAGCAAGACCGAAGCUCUGGAGCAGGCUUUCCGCAAGAGCAUAGGAGUCCGCAUCAAGGAAGAGUCUGAGGUCAUUGAGGGAGAGGUUGUCGAGAUUCAGAUCGAUCGCAGUGUCACUGGCGGCAACAAGCAGGGAAAGCUCACCAUCAAGACAACCGACAUGGAGACUCUGUACGACAUGGGCACCAAGAUGAUCGACAGCAUGACCAAGGAGAAGGUCCAGGCCGGCGACAUCAUCUCCAUCGACAAGGCUUCCGGUCGCAUCACCAAGCUCGGACGCUCCUACACACGCUCGCGCGACUACGACGCCAUGGGCCCCGACACAAAGUUUGUCCAAUGCCCCGACGGCGAGCUUCAGGUCCGCCGUGAAGUCGUACACACCGUUUCCCUCCAUGAGAUCGAUGUCAUCAACUCGCGAACCCAAGGUUUCUUGGCUCUGUUCAGCGGUGAUACUGGUGAGAUCAGAUCCGAGGUCCGCGAGCAGAUCAACACAAAGGUCGCCGAGUGGAGAGAGGAAGGCAAGGCCGAAAUUGUGCCUGGUGUCUUGUUCAUCGAUGAAGUCCACAUGCUCGAUGCUGAGUGCUUCUCCUUCAUCAACCGCGCCCUCGAAGACGAACUAGCACCCAUCGUCAUCAUGGCCAGCAAUCGCGGUCAAACACGCAUCCGUGGUACCAGCCACAUAAGCCCUCACGGUCUGCCGCUGGAUUUCCUGGACCGCCUCGUCAUCAUCAGCACACAAGCAUACUCGCCCGACGAGAUCAGAGAAAUCCUGAGCAUUCGCGCACAAGAAGAGGAGGUCGAUGUGUCGGCCGACGCUCUUGCUCUUCUCACAAAGAUUGGCCAGGAGACUGGGCUGAGAUAUGCCAGCAACCUCAUCACCACCUCACAUCUACUGGCACAAAAGCGCAAGGCAAGAGAGAUUGAGGUCUUGGAUGUUCAGAGGAGUUUUGAGCUGUUCUACGACCCCAACCGUAGCAUGAAGUUUGUCGCCGAGUUCGAAAAGAGAUUCAUUGGUGACGAAGGUGGUGUCGAGCUGGGUGGCAUGAACGGAAACCCAGAUGCCAUGGAGAUUACUGCCUAG